UUCAAGUCGUUCCAUGAAUGUUGCAGGGGUGGGUUUCGGGUUGUGGGAUAGGCGGCGGUCGUAAACAUUUUGAUGGUACGAUAUGGCCGUAGUUUGAUGCCUGAUUUCAAUUUGUGGGCCUGUCACAGUCAUGUUUGCCAUUAAACUUGGAGCUUCUAGGCUGCUGCAUGCAACCUUGUGUAUUCGGGCAGGAGGUCAGAACCUAGCUGCAUCUGCUACAGCUCAGCAAUUUCAUCAACUUGCCUGCUGUCUGGCAUUAAAAGUGCCUAAUCAGAAGCUGAAAGAUGACCACAGAAUCAUAAGCAAGCAACAAACCCGGAAUGCUGGUUUUUUCACCAACUUGACGGCCCACGAGAUCUGGAAGGGCGUCACCGGGGUCAGUAACGCCGGCCGCAAGCGAGGCCGCGGCCGCGGCGCCGGCACCAAGCGCAAGCGCGACCUCAACCGCGGCCAAGUCAUCGGCGUCGGCAAGGAAAACAUGGUGUGGCCGGGCCUGACGACGCCGGUGAUCCGCGGUCAGGAGCUGGUGCGCCAGCGCCAGCUGCCGGAGGACCCGGAGCGUGCGGCGCGCCUGCAGCAGAUCCGCGAGCAGUUCACCGACCAUCGCUCGGUCAAGCUGGGGCCGCUGGAGCGCGGCUGGUCCGGCAAUAAGCUGGCGGGCCGCAGCAUCGGACCACCGGAGCCCAUCGACUUCGAGACGUUCGAGGGCUUCGACACGACCGUUCUGGAGCUGAAGACGGUGUUCUCUAUGACGGCCACGGCCGGCCGGACGCGCCACAUCAGCUGCUUCGCCGUCACCGGCAACGGCGCCGGUCUGGCCGGCUUCGGGGUCGGCAAGGGCAACACGGGCCAGGCGGCCAUCAAGCAGUGCAAGCGGCGCGCCUCUCAGCGGCUCAUCUACAUCGAGCGCUGCGACGGCCACACCGUGUUCCACGAUUUCUUCACGCGGUUCGCGGCCGUGCGCAUCUUCGUGGAGCGUCGGCCACGGGGCCACGGCCUGCAGUGUCACCGCGCCAUCCGGGAGGUGUGCCAUCGCGUCGGCAUCAGCGACCUCUACGCCAAGGUCGAGGGACCCACCGACAAUGUGCAGAACAUCACCAGGGCCUUCUUCCUGGGCCUGCUCAGGCAGCGAACGCACCAGCAGCUGGCGGACGAGAAGCGGCUGCACCUGGUGGAGCUGCGCCCGGAGGCUGACAACUACCCGCGCGUGGUGGCCUCGCCUUCGGACGGCCGGGCCCGCACCAGGGAGGAGAUCCCUCCCGACGAGCAGCUCGACUUCCAAUUGCACAUCUUCGAGGGUAAGGUGCCUCUGAAGAUGCCGCCCAAGCUACCGUUUUACAUGAAGUCGCCUGGCUAUCAGAAGCAUCUGAAGAAAGUUCAGCAUCAGCGGAACCAUGAUCAGGUGCGUGUGGCGCUGACUGCCGAGCACGGCGAGGUGCGCAGCUUCCUGGCUGAACGGUACCCCGAGUGUCGCGCCUCCUCGGCCGCCUACUGGGCCGAGCAGAAGGCGGCUGCCGACGCCGAGCUGGAGGAGACGUGACGUGGGCCAGGUCAGAAGGGCAGCGUGUUCGAACUAACGCGCUGCGGCUGGUGCAGCACGAGUGGCUGCGGUAGACUGUGUGGUCGAGUCGCAUUGUGCGGACGGUGGCUGCUUUUGUCUGCAUCUCCGCGGCGAUGGCUGCGUUUAUGAAUGGCUGCAUCGAUUGGGGAGAAAUACAGGCGUUAUGACAGCU